AUGGUACCGCAAACUUCUCUUAUGGUUAUCAGUAAAAGAGCAGGCGAUUGCGCCCACCCGCUUUUACCAUUCACAUUGCAGGUAGCAAAUUUCCAUGAUGCGAUCUCGUCCUAUUAUUCAUUCCAUCUUCUACGGAAAUCAAUAGCUGUACAAGGAAAUGAGAAACGCGUACAAGCUGUUCUCUUGCGUGAACUGGAUGCCCUGAAGUCGGCGAUGGAAAUGACUGUUAUGGGAAACUCGCUGGUUCGACUUUUCGAGCGAAUGAUAUUCGACGAGGAAUCGGCUGUGCAAACGGUGCAUCGCCUAUUCAUUGUCGUCUGCCGCUCGUUCGAUGACCAGUCGUUUGAGCAAGUUUUAAAACCGUUGGUCGAGCUGCUGAGUUCUGAGGCAUCGCUCCCAUGCACCGUCUUUUUCGUGAUUGACUGA